GUUCCAGGUCUGAAUAAUUAGUUUCUUGUUCACAUCAGAUUUGGAUGUGUGCAAAAGAGUAAGUGCAAUUGUCUACAAUUUGCACAGCAUCUAAAUGCAAAUGACUUGUUGAUCAAAACCGAUGAGUUGAUCCCCAUUGAAACUCUUCACAACUUUUAAACGUUCUUUCAUCGUGUGAGCCUCCACAUGCAAAAUGAUCCACACAGUGACCAAAAUCUGUCAAACAUGCUUGUAUAUUCCAUAAAUACCUAUGACACGGAAUAUGUCUGCUGAAUUGGCAAAUGGCCUGCGAUUAUAAUGAAAUAGGAAUCACAAUCACAAACCAAUCAAGUUUGGAAGCAUAUAAUUAUCCCUCUGUCUCUCAAGGCCGAGAGAUCUACUGUAAGUGUUAGACCUUAAAAAGAGUUCAAGACCCGUAACAAUACCGUACUGAGAGGUGUCCUCUAAUGCACUCUGCACUGCAAUGACCGUGCAAACGGUUCAUCAAGGCUGUUACACAAGCCUUCUCUACUCUGUGCCAGUUACUCUUUAAGAGGCCGGUCUUGCCAUCAUCCCAUUAGCAGGAGUUAUUUUCAGGUGCUACCUCUUUUUAUUGGUACCUGGAUCUAAUAGGUUCAGUCACUCGACAGUGCGGAGGCCAGUCUGCAGGUCGUCGUCAGAGCUCACAGGCAGCUGCCUGGACCAGCGCUGGAACAGAAGGUGUGCGAGGCGAGGGUGGUCCCUACCGCUGCAGGGCACAGCCAUGGGUAACAAACACACAAGUCUGGAUGAUAUCCUCGCUGAGGACAUGCACCACUGGUAUAACAAGUUCAUGAGGGAGUCUCCAUCAGGCCUGAUCACGCUUUUUGAGCUCAAGUCCAUUCUGGGGCUGCAGGGGAUGAAUGAGGACGCCAGCAGUUAUGUGGAUCAGGUGUUCUUCACUUUCGACAUGGAUGGGGAUGGAUACAUAGAUUUUGUGGAAUAUAUCGCUGCUGUUAGCUUAAUGCUCAAGGGGGAAAUUAACCAGAAACUCAAGUGGUACUUCAAACUUUUUGACCAGGAUGGCAAUGGGAAAAUUGACAAGGAUGAAUUGGAGACAAUAUUUACGGCUAUACAAGACAUCACAAGAAAUCGUGAUAUUGUGCCAGAGGAAGUAGUGGCCCUUAUAUUUGAAAAGAUCGAUGUUAAUGGAGAAGGUGAACUGACGCUGGAGGAGUUUAUCGAAGGAGCGAAAGAACAUCCGGACAUUAUGGAUAUGCUGAAUAAACUGAUGGACCUCACUCCAGUCCUAGUUAUUAUUGUCGAAGGGCGACAGAAACAAAUCAAGGCAAGUUAG